UGGACCCUGAGGGACCCCCCCCCAACACCUGAUGGACCCCCUGGAUGGACCCCGAAAUGCUGAGGGACCCCCUGGUUGGACCCCCCGACACCUGAUGGACCCCCUGGACGGAUCCCAAAAUGCUGAGGGACCCCCUGGUUGGACCCCCAACACCGGAUGGACCCCCUGGAUGGACCCCAAAACCCUGAGGAACCCCCUGGUUGGACCCCCAACACCGGAUGGACCCCGAAAUGCUGAGGGGACCCCCCCAGCACUGAGGGACCCCCAACACCUGAGGGACCCCCUGGAUGGACCCCAAAACGCUGAGGGAUCCCCUGAAUGGACCUCCCAGCACUGAGAGACCCCCAAGACUUUGAGGGACCCCUGGAUGAACCCUCAGAACCACCCUGAGGGACCCCCUGGAUGGACCCCAAAACCCGGAUGGACACCAGGACCCCCUGGAUGGAUCCCGAAACCCGGAUGAGACUCCAACACCUGAUGGACCCCCUGGAUGGAUCCCGAAACCCGGAUGAGACCCCAACACCUGAUGGACCCCCUGGAUGGACCCCAAAACCCGGACGGAGCCCCAACACCUCAUGGACCCCCUGGAUGGACCCUAAAACCUGGACGGACCCCCUGGAUGGACCCCGAAACCCGACGGAGCCCCAACACCUCAUGGACCCCCUGGAUGGACCCCGAAACCCGGACGAGCACCCAACACCUGAUGGACCCCCCCCGACACUUCUACGGACCCCCAGAUGGACCCUCAAAACCACCCUGAGGGACCCCCUGGAUGGACCCCGAAACCCGGAUGAGACCCCAACACCUGACGGACCCCCAACACUUCGAGGGACCCCCAGAUGGACCCUCAGAACCACCCUGAGAGACGCCCUGGAUGGACCCCGAAACCCCGGACGGAGCCCCAACACCUCAUGGACCCCCUGGAUGGACCCCGAAACCCGGAUGAGACCCCAACACCUGACGGACCCCCAACACUUCGAGGGACCCCCUGGAUGGACCCCCCAAAUCCAUGUGGGGACCCCCCACCCCAAUGCCUGAAUGAGCCCCCAAGGACUUUGAGGGGGGCCCCCCUUUCCUCCCCCCCCAAAUGCCCAUCAGGGCUUUGGAGGUCCCCAGGGUGCCAUUAAAGCCCCCCCCCCCGGUGA